GAUAAUUUAAUUAUAAAAAAUUACUCCGCAUUUUUUUUGAAAAACAUUUUGUUUGUAGAAUCGGGAGCUAGACAGAAGCUGGGAGGAACAAAAGAAAACUCGGCGACGAAGAAGAAAGAAGAAGAACUGCACAUCACUUCCUCUAUUGACUAAAGAAAGAUACAUUUUUUCUUGAAAUGGCGCGAAAUAAGGAGGGUUUGGUCUUGAUCAUUGAUGUGGGGCCUUCCAUGCACUCUGUUCUUCCUGAAAUUGAGAAGGUCUGCGCAUUGUUAGUGCAGAAGAAGCUGGUUUAUAGCAAGCAUGAUGAAGUGGGGGUCAUUUUAUUUGGCACUGCAGAAACUACAAAUGAUUUGACAAAAGAAGUGGGUGGAUAUGAACAUGUGACGGUUUUGAGGGGCAUCAAAGUUGUUGAUGAUGACCUUGUUGGGGCUCUUGAACAUCUUCCUCGAGGAAGCUGUAAUGGUGAUUUUCUUGAUGCCAUUAUUGUUGGGAUGGACAUGGUGAUCAAGAAGUAUGCAGAAACCAACAAAGGGAAAAAGCGUCUUUGCCUCAUCACAAAUGCACUAUGCCCAAUCAAAGCUCCAUAUGAAGGAACAAAGGAAGAUCAAGUUAGCACGAUUGUGGCUCAGCUGAAAGCUCACGGCAUGAAAAUGGACUCUGUCAUUGUUAGAAUGAAACAAGAUCUGGAUGCGAAAAAGAAAAUCAUGGAAGAAAAUGAUUUCCUUUUGUCUUUGUUUUCAAAUAAAUCUUCCUCAAAAACAACAUAUGUUGAAAGCCCAACAUCACUUAUGGGUGCAGUAAGGACUCGUAAUAUAGCUCCUGUCACAACAUUUAGAGGUGAUUUAGAAAUCAGCGCCAAAUUGAAGAUUAAGGUAUGGGUGUAUAAGAAAACAGUGGAAGAGAGAUUUCCCACACUGAAAAUGUAUUCAGAUAAAGCACCUCCUACUGAUAAGUUUGCAAAACAUGAAGUCAAGAUCGAUUAUGAGUACAAACAUGCUCAAGACCAAGGUAGAGUUGUUCCACCAGAACAAAGGAUCAAAGGCUACCGGUAUGGACCUCAAGUAGUUCCCAUAUCUUCUGCUGAAUGGGAGGCUGUGAAGUUCAAACCAGAGAAAGGCGUGAAGUUUCUUGGAUUUACAGAUGCUUCAAAUAUAAUGCGACACUACUAUAUGAAAGAUGCAAAUGUGUUCAUAGCUGAACCGGGCAACUCAAAGGCAAUUCUUGCUCUCUCUGCUUUGGCAAGGGCAAUGAAUGAUAUGAACAGAGUGGCAAUUGUGCGCUGCGUGUGGAGACAAGGGCAGGGAAAUGUGAUUAUAGGAGUCCUUACUCCUAAUGUGUCUCUCAAAGACAAUGUUGCGGAUUCAUUCUACUUCAAUGUUCUUCCAUUCGCUGAGGAUGUAAGGGAGUUUCAAUUCCCGUCUUUCAGCAAUCUUCCUUCAUCAAUGCUUCCAAAUGCAGAACAACAGGAGGCAGCUGAUAAUCUUGUAAAAAUGCUUAAUCUUGCACCAUCUGAUGCUCAGGAAUCAUUGAUGCCCGAGCUCACUCCUAAUCCUAUAUUACAGAGGUAUUAUCAUUAUCUUGAAUUGAAGUCCAAGCAUAAAGAUGCUGCUGUUCCUCCACUAGAUGAAUCACUCAGGAGAAUAACAGAUCCCGAUCCCGCACUUCUUUCUCAAAACAACACCGUAAUUGAGGAAUUCCGGAGGUGUUUUGAACUUAAAGAGAACCCUAAGAUGAAGAAAUCAACGAAAAGAUUGUUAAGAGAAAACCCGAUUGGAUCAGAUGAGGGAAGGGGAGGAAGGUUCAGCAAAACUGCUGAGAUCCCAACGGUUAAUGAAACAGAUACAAUCGGAGAUAUAAAUCCGGUUCAAGAUUUUGAAGUGAUGAUAUCUCGCAGAGAUAGCCCGGAAUGGGUUAAUAAGGCCAUUGAGGAAAUGAAAAAGAAGAUCUUUCAUCUGGUGGACAACUCUUUUGAAGGUGACACACAUCAGAAAGCAUUGGAAUGUUUAGCUGCUCUCCGUAAUGGUUGCAUCCUAGAACAGGAACCAAAGCAGUUCAAUGACUUGCUAUGCAAUCUCUAUGAAUCCUCCAAAAGAAAAGAUAUGCAAAGCUUUUGUGAUCAUCUCAUAACUCGUGGAAUUGCCUUAAUAACCAAGGCAGAAGCCCCAGACAGUGACGUUUUGGAGAAUGAGGCAAGAAGCUUUAUGGUUGAACUUGAGCCGAAAGGAGAGACCAUUAAACACGAGCCGAAAGACGCGAAAGAUAUUAUGAGUAUAUACUUGGGUGGAAAACACUAAUAGGAAAAGAAAACCCCCCCUUCACAUUUGAUUUUGGUUGUUCCAUCUUGACACCCAUGCUUCGUAAUGUAGGCUAGUAUUUUGGCAACAAGCUUGUGGUUAGAGAAGAAAAAGGAUGAACUUCAUUCCUGUGGUUUUUUAAGAUCGACCGAAUAGUUACUUGAGAGGAGGUAAAUAUUGCAGGGAUGGUUGUUGAGGCCGGAAUGGUCAUUUUGGUUGGUAUUGG